UCGCCGCUCAUGUGCGCGCACAACAGAUCCACGACAGACGGGUUCCUAGCGCUGACGGAUGUGAAGCUCCCCGACGACUCACUCGCCGUGGCCACCGCCCAGAGCAAAGCACAGUGCGAAUCGACUUGCCAAAGCAACUGCUCUUGCCAGGCCUACGCCUUCUCUGCCGGGGGCGGGGGAUGUACUGUCUGGCACGGAGAGAUCCGCAACCUUGAGCAGCUCUACGCUGAUUCCGGCGUCUCUGGCUCAGAGCUCCAUCUCCGGCUUUCAGAAGCAGGAUUGCAAGAUCUUGGCGUCUCCGGCACAGACGGGAAGAAACGGGGGAGAACAUUAUGGCUUGUUCUUGGCAUCCCAUUGGCUGGUGUUGCAGCAUUCGGCGUGUCGGUAAUACUGGCCUGGAGGAUUCUCCUUGCUAGGAGAAGACGACUAGCAAACGAGAAGGGAUCCUCCUUGGUCGUGUACAGUUAUGGCGACCUCCGUGCCGCCACGAAGAACUUCUCGGAGUGGCUGGGCGGCGGCGGUUUUGGCUCGGUGUACCGCGGCGUCCUGAAGCAGCAGAAGAGAGACAACACAACCCAGCUCCAGGUGGCAGUCAAGAAGCUGGAGAGCCUUGGGCAGCAGGGCGACAAGCAGUUCCGGACAGAGGUGAGCACGUUGGGCUGCAUCCAGCACGUGAACCUCGUCCGGCUCCUUGGGUUCUACUCGUCGGACGUCGAGAAGAUGCUCGUGUACGAGUACAUGCCUAGGGGCUCCCUCGACCGCUCCCUCUUUGGCGGGGGCGCAACCCUGACCUGGCCCGAACGGUACUGCAUCAUGGUUGGCGUGGCGAGAGGGUUGGCAUACCUGCACCACGGUUGUCAUGAGUGCAUCAUACACUGCGACAUCAAGCCGGAGAACAUCCUUUUGGACAAUGACAUGUCCCCGAGGAUCGCCGACUUCGGGAUGGCGAAGCUGGUGGGGAGGGACUUUAGCCGCGCGCUGACGACGAUGCGGGGCACCAUCGGGUACCUGGCGCCGGAGUGGAUCUCCGGGCAGCCCAUCAGCGCUAAGGCGGACGUGUACAGCUUCGGGAUGGUGCUAUUCGAGCUCAUCUCGGGCCGACGAAACUCCGACGGAUACAGCGAGGUGGAGGCGAUAGGGAGCUGGAGCAGUGAUUCGUGGACCUUCUUCCCCGUAUGGGCUGCGGGGAAGGUGGUGGAAGGGGAGGUGGCCGCCGUGGCAGACCCGCGGCUGCGCGGCAACGUGAGGCCGGAGGAGGUGGAGCGGGCGUGCUGGGUGGCGUGUUGGUGCAUCCAGGACCAGGAGGCGCAGCGGCCGACCAUGGCGCAGGUUGUGCAGGCGCUGGAGGGCGCCGUUCAGGUCAACGCGCCGCCGGUGCCGCGGGCGCUGCAGCACCUCGUCACGCUGACGUAAUCCACCCGGCGAGCCUGCGCCAAUCUUCUUACACGCUGACCAAAAUUACACAUUCGGACUAGGUGUUCAAGUCAGCGUUGCGUACUACUGUCAAAGCACGUGUGGCCUUUUCUUCUUCGAAUCAUUCAGGAGAGCUACAUGCAUUAAAGAGAGAGGAACGGAAGCACGACCAGUUCAGCAGCUACAAGUCCAACAAAUCAAAGCUACAAACCGGCUAAAACGACAAGACAAGACACAAAAGGUUAACAUGAUGACCACCACUAAUAAGCUUCAAGGAUAAGACGUCCUAAGCUUGGCAU